AUCAGUAACGAUGGUAAUCACACAAAUGUUUUUUCCCCUCAAAAGUUGUUCAAUUUUGUUAAUAAUUGUCUUAUCGAUUAUCAAAGAAUAAAGAUCUACUCUUACGUUUAUUGAAGGUACAAUAUUUUACGGUAAACAUUAAUGUCUUGGAACAACCAGGCCGAAUUUAUCAUUGCAUGUUAUAAUUUUCUUGUACAAAUUUCCAUUGUAAAUGGCAGCUUACAUAAAUCGCACGGUCGCCCUUGGUGAUCCAAUGAUUGAUAGCCAUAAAACUUCAUUGGAUGACAAAAAUUCAUCUCCAUUACAGGUAUUUGUGCUGGCCAAAAAACAAAUUAAUCAUAUAUUUGGCGAUAUUCAAGACUAUGUUGCUGAUGCAUCGGAACGUAUGAUUGAUGUAAGUACAAAAUGUCCAGAUGUGAUAAACAAAAGUGAAUUAACAUCUAUAAUUGAUUACACUUCCAAAGUAAAAGGAAUUCGUGAGGUACUUACACGUGAUCACAUGAAAGUUGCUUUCUUUGGAAGGACAAGCAAUGGAAAGAGUACAGUUGUCAACGCUAUGUUGGGAGACAAAGUUUUACCAAGCGGAAUUGGCCACACAACUAAUUGUUUCCUCCAAGUUGAAGGCUCUCAAACUGGAGAGUCUUAUUUAGUAACUGAAGGAAGUGAUGAAAAACAAAAUGUUGAAUCGGUAGGCCAUUUAGCUCAUGCACUGAAUUAUGAAAAACAGUUGAACGAAAAUGAAUUGGUACAUGUUUAUUGGCCAGUUGAUAAGUGUGGUUUAUUAAGAGACGAUGUAGCUUUGGUCGAUUCUCCAGGAGUAGACGUUACACCACAUUUAGACGAUUGGAUUGAUGCACAUUGUAUUGAUGCUGAUGUUUUUGUUUUGGUUGCAAAUGCUGAAUCUACUUUAAUGGUUACUGAGAAAAAGUUUUUCCACAAUGUAUCUUCAAAACUAUCCAAGCCGAAUAUAUUUAUUCUACACAAUCGUUGGGAUGCAUCUGCUAAUGAACCUGAGUUCUUAGAUCAGUUCAAUAAUCAAGAACAGGUGCGUAAGCAACACACAGAGCGGGCUGUUGAUUUUUUGGUGAAAGAACUUAAAGUUUGUACACUUGAGGAAGCUCCUUCACGAAUAUUUUUCAUAUCCGCCAAAGAAGUACUUCAAGCACGAGUGCAACAACGGAAAGGGUUAGCGCCAAAUAGUGGAGCGUUAGCUGAAGGAUUUGCUGCUAGAUAUAUGGAGUUUGAAGAAUUUGAACGUCGUUUUGAAGAGUGUAUUUCAAAGUCUGCUAUUAAAACUAAGUUUAUGAACCAUUCACAACAAGGAAAACAUGUAAUUAAGGAAAUGUUUAAAAUUAUGGAGACGAUUUACAGUAGAAGUAAAGAACAAACACACGAUAAGACGUGCCAGAAAAAAGAACUCGAAGACAAACUUAACUAUACUGAACAACAACUCAUAAGCGUAACACAGCAAAUGAAGAUGAAAAUUCAUAGUAUGGUCGAUGAUGUAGAAGAAAAAGUAUCAAAAGCUUUGAAUGAAGAAAUUCGACGUUUGUCUGUUUUAGUCGACGAGUUUAAUUUGCCUUUUCAUUCAGAUCCGUUAGUUUUAAAUGUUUACAAGAAAGAACUUCAUAACCACGUCGAGUCAGGUCUCGGUAGUAAUUUGCGAGCAAAGCUAUCGACAGCUCUUGCUAUGAAUAUAGAACAGAGUCAAAGAGACAUGAUCCAAAAAGUUUCAACGCUCAUACCGGAAGAAAAAAGAAAUAUAACUGUAGUCAACCCCAAACUCGAACCGUUUGAAGUCUUAUAUCGUCUUAAUUGUGAUAAUUUGUGUGGUGAUUUCCACGAAAGACUUGAAUUUAAGUUCUCUUGGGGAUUGUCUACAUUAGUAACGCGUGUAUCAUCUUUGGCCAAUUGGUCGCGUAAUCAAUCUAGAUCAUUAAUGUCAUCCCCAAGUCAUAAUCAAUCGAUUAACACUCUAGAUGGAUCAUUUAACGGCUUUGAUUCUAACCGUAUUGCCGUUGAACAAAAUUUACCUUUAAUUUCCCGCAUAUUAACGGCUUCCAUAGGUACUCAGGGUACUAUGGGUGGUCUUAUAUUGGCUGGAUUUAUGUUAAAAACAGUUGGAUGGCGUUUAAUAGUAGCCACUGGUGGUAUAUACGGAUGCCUUUAUUUGUAUGAAAGGUUAUCUUGGACAACUAAGGCUAAAGAGCGAGAGUUCAAACGUCAGUACGUUCAACAUGCUACCGGUAAACUCCGUCUCAUUGUCGAUCUUACUUCGGCAAACUGCAGUCAUCAAGUACAACAAGAACUAUCGACCACUUUUGCUAGACUCUGUCAAUUGGUCGACGAAUCUGCUAGUGAUCUCACUGAUCAAAUGAGGUACAUAGAUCGUCAACUACAAGUACUUGCCCAGUCUACUGAAGUAUCAAAAAUAUUAAGGAACAAAGCAGAAUUUUUAAAAUCCGAGUUAAGACACUUUGAUGAUAAUUUCCUAAGCUUAAGAAACUAGUCAGAUUUUGUGAUAUUUCAUUUGAGUAACUCUUAAUUAUUAUUUAGAGUAGGUUUCACAUUUUGUUUUUAUUCUACCAUUUCCUUCCCAUUCAUUCUCAAUAUAAUUGGAUUUUUUAAUAUUUUUCACAUUAUGAUUGUACCAGUUAUUAUUAAUAUAUUAUUAUUUCUUUUAUCAAUCCAACAGUAUCAUGAAAUAAUUUAUAUAACAACUACAAUGCUAUAAAACAAUUAUAAUUGU